AUGGACAAACAUGUCAGGAAAGUCCGGAAUCAAGACAUAAAUCCUUGCAUUGAAGAAAGUGAUGCCUCACAGAAAUGUUUGGACGCUUACAACUAUGAUAAGAACAUGUGUACUGCCGACUUCCAGAGAUACAAGAACUGUAGGAAAUAUUGGCACAACAUAAUGUUGAACAGGAGGAGAGAGGGUAUAAAACCUGUCAUGCCCACUGCUACAGAAAGGCAGGAGAUUCUCUCUGGUAUUGGAGGGAAGCCAUAUUGA